AUGGAUGAGAACGUGUACGAAAGUGUGGGCGGGGCCGGCGGGGCGGGGGGCGCGGGGGGUGCGGGCGGCGCGGGCGCGGGGCGCGGCGCCCUGUACCGCUGGUGGCGCGUGGGCAACGCGUGCCGCCGCCACCGUCGCGCCUCGCAGACGCUCGAGUUCCACCAGCACUACGUGCAGGCGCGCGGGGGCGCGGGCGGGGGCGCGGGCGGGGGCGCCGGCGGGGGCGCGGGCGCCGGGCGCGGCGCGGGGCGCGGCGUGCUGUGCGUGGGGCUGGUGGGCGAGCGGCUGUCGGCCUCGUGCUCCACCAUCGACGCGCCGUGCGUGCUGCUGCUGCGCCGCCACGCGCCCGCCGCGCACCUGCUGCCCGAGAGCCACCGCGCCGCGCUGCCGCCGCACCGCCACGCGGUGGAGGAGGGCGCGUGCUGCGAGGCGGACGAGCCGGCGGGCGGCGCGCGCGCCGGCAGCGCCUCGCCCGAGCGCGCGCGCUCGCCCGCCGCCGCGCCGCCCGCCGCGCACGCCGCACACGCCGCACACGCCGCGCACGCCGCUCACGCCGCACACGCCGCACACGCCGCGCACGCCGCAGUUGCCGCGCGCGCCGACGCCAGCGACAGCGACUCCGACGGCGACGAGUCGUCCGCGUGCGGCGACCAGUACUGA